AUGCUGAGGGAGGCUGAGAGCCAAACUGACCAUCUGAAAAAGAUGGUCCACGGCCACAAGGAAGUACUUCUGGAAUUACAGGGCAUCCUAAUGGACUACAAAGACAGCAGAGGCGGGAAACUCUGUGAGCACAAGAAUAUUACCAGCCUGCUCCUCUGCAGCCUGAGCACAGCAGCUGUUGAUGUCCUGAGAGAUUUAGACUCAGAGGUGUCAUACCUCAAACAAAAGGUUGUCCUGGUCAGAGACCUUGAGAAUCAGUUGUACCUUGCUCGUUCCGAGCCAGCAGAAGCUCACACAGAACAGGAUCAAUGUGGCCAAGAAUCUGGAAAUCUGAGGGACCAGAUUCAUCAGUUGUUGAUUAAGUUUCAUAAAAAAGAGAUAGAACUAAGCCUGGGAAAAGAACAGAACAAGCGAUUUUGGGAUCAGAACACAGACAACAGCAUCACUGUGGAUCAGCUCAGGAGACAGCUGGACAACAAAAACCAGCAGCUGCAGAGCAUGGAAGAGGCAGUGAAGGAAAUGAGGAUGGAGUGUCUCAGACAAAUGGAGUGCCAGAUGGCUGCAAUUAAGGAAAAAAAUGAAAGCGUUGGAAGAAUCUCCUCUUUGAGUGUCCAGCUGGAGGCAACCAAGGAAACACUCCAUAAAGUUGGAGAUGAUCUUGCAGCCAAACAGAUGAAUUUGGAGGCUGCUGGGAAAACAGUGUCAGAUCUGAGGGAGAGAGCCCUUGGGGUUACCAGCCAGGAACUGAAGGAGCUGCAUUCCCAGCUUGGCAGCAGGAUGCAGGAGCUCCAGCAUCUAAAGAAUGAAGAGGGUUGCUCACACAAGGGGCAGUCGGAGUGUGAGACACUGAAACUGCAGGCGUUGGAGAAGGAAAGGACCAGUGAGAUCUUCCAAAAGCCAAUUGAUAACAUGACCCAGAUCGUGGGCCAGCACGGUCGGGCUGCUGGAGCAAUGGAAGUUGAGAAAUCCCAGUUUAGACAAGAAAUAAAUGACUGGAAACUCAAAGUAGAAGAGCUCAAGGUUGCAAAGGAUGAGAAAGAAGCCAGAAUACAUGAAGUGGGGGCCAGACUGAGCGAGCUGGAGCUGGAAAAGGUUCAGCUGGUUAACACAUGCACAGAGAGGCUCCAGGCACUUAAAGAUGUGAAACAGGAAAAAGAUCAGCUCACGGAUGAACUCCAGGCUGGUAGGAGCAACCUAGCUGGCCUUGCAGAGGCAUUUGAAGAUCUGGAGAGGGAUUACCAGGAUAAAAUUGAGGAGAUGCAAGAUAGGACAAACAGACUGAAAAUGCAGCUGAAAUCUGCCCAAGCUGAACUGAAAGAGGCCAGGACUGCUCUAAAUACUAUGGAGGGAUCUGCUGGCAAUGCUCUGGAAGUUGCAGUGAGAAUGCAGAAGCAGAUCACAGCCAAGAGAGGGCAGAUAGAUGCACUGCAGAGCAAGAUUAGAUUCUUGGAAGAAGCAAUGGCUAACGCAGCUGAGGAUAAGCAUUUCCUCAGAGAAGAAAACUGUAAACUAAGUGAAAAAUUGAGCUGUAUUAGAGCAGAAAAUAUCGGGAUUGCUGGGGAACUGGACAUGCUGAGAGCACAAGACAAACAGCUGAAAGAAAGACUAUCUAAGAUGGAGACAGCCCUUGAUAAGGCAUCCAUGCAAUUUGCAGAGUGUCAGGGCAUAAUCCAGUGCCAGGAGCAGGAGCUGCAGCACACUCUGGAUGUCAAAGAGCUGCAGGGCCCAGGCUACUCAUCAGCUUCUGCCUCAGGAAAGCUUCAGCAUGUUGUGCCUCUGUCCCACCUGCACCCCGCUGUCCUGCCACCUUCCCUGGCCAGCCCUGCCCCUCAGGUGCCUUCCAAGCUGGACAUUUUGAAGGAAGAACCAUUGCAGGAUCUAAAGAGGAUUGUUCAAGAAUUAACAGGCUCAGACAGUGACGUUCCCUCUGUGGAUCUCAGUGGCAAUGGUGGGAGAAAACCACCUUUAGCAACCAUGAGCAAUGCAGUGGAUCCUUCCUGCUCACACCCCGCAGAUCUUCAGUCCCCAGAUGUUUCCCUGCCCUUUACAUCCCUGGGAAUUGCAUCCAUCUGCUCAGCAGCUGGUUGUUACACAUCCUCCCCCAGGAAAGCCUCUCAGGAGGAGGGAGACAGAGCAAAAUGUCCAGUGCCCUUGCUGUUAACUACUCUACCUGAGGACCUUGGCUCCAGUGCCUCACCAGGACACAGACCAUCCACAAGGAAUGCUGGCUCUCCAGGGGGUGCAGCCACAGCCCCCCAAAUAGCUUCUCAGCCCAUGGAAAAUAGCGAGCACACACCAAGGGGGCUACAGAACAAGAUGCAAAGCCUGGAAGACCUGGUGGAAUUGUUACAGAUAAAAAAACCAAGCCACGUCACCAGUGAUCAGAACUCAGGAGGUGAAGACAAAGAAAUCCAAGGAAAAGGAGGAAAAGCUCUCAAAGUGAAGAUUCUGUAUAUGUUAGUGAUUCCUUUCAUGCGGAUGGCAUAGGAGGACACCCCAGAUGACAGCCAGCCCCUAAGAGAGAAAACCCAAUACCAGGCUAAUCUGUGGAGGGACUCCAAACAGUCACAGCUCCUAAAGGAAGCAGCGCAAGACCUGGAUCCAGUUGGACGUGGUGUGAACAGGUCUGGCAACAGGGGCAGAUGAUUGUAGCACCAAAUGCUGAAGUAAGGGAAGGCACGGUUCCUGUCUGGGGUGUCGAAGAGCAGAGAUCCAUGAAGUGACAUGGAUGCACACAGAGACAAGGAAAAACACCCCACCCCUCCUGUGUGCUGUUCCAACCCUUUAUUGUGGCCAGCAUAAGACAUCCACUGGAGAAAUGUCUGAUAGUUACUAAACCCCAAGAGUAGGAUUAAGGAUUUCUGGGGUCUGUUCUGAUUUGUUUGAUACUGUGCUCUGUGAUUUCCUAAUUCCUUCCCUGAGAAGCUUUUCCCCUCCCUACACAGGCCCGAAGGAGCUGAGUAACUGGUGUUGCACAAACUGAAGAAGCCACUUGACAAGCUCAGUAAGUUUGGCUUUUUAUGUCUCUUCGAGGUAUUCCCAGUGCAUGGGACAGGACUGUUUCAUCAUGUACACGCUUUCCAGAAUGUGGGCCUCGUCUGCCUCUCUUCCUGGCAGUAUCAUCAUGAUUUUGGAAAGGGAAGAUGUGCCUCUGCUUGUCUCAGGGAUCUGCAGUUGUGAGACAGGACUGUGCCUUGAGCCAGCAGUGCACCCACUGCAUUCCCGUGCUGCACUUCAGAGGUGGAGUCGCUCCUCACGGGAAUGUUUUCGAUAUAUCAUGGCCAGUGAGCACUUCCUUGGUUUCCAAAGGGAAAAUAAUUUGCCAAAAAAAAGAAAAAAAUUCUCACUGAGAGUCUAGAAAAUCUGCUUGGAGAAGGGGUGUGGUUCUAUGCAUCACAUGGGUAGUUUUUGUAGAAAAAUAAACCGAAAUAAUGAAUUAAGCAAA